AAACAAAAUGUAGGCGUGAGCGCCAACUGUAGCAGCUGACUGACUUUCCUGCGCAGUGUUGGUGUCUGGAGUUUGACCACUGUCAAAGGAAAGGACAUGUCUAUUUCUCAGGACCCAAACGGAGGACUGACUUGAAACAGCAGGUCACGAGACAAUCACCAGAGAUACUUCACUAAUUUUUGAAAUAAACCGGAAGCCAUGGAUCCUUCAUCUCCAAGCAACCCGUCCACACCAAAGCUCAGCCCUUCAUCUCCAACCUCCAUGAGGCCUGGAACUUCCUCGCUCGGCUCAUCGGCGAGCUCCUCCACCCCUGAGCCGAAGAGGCACAAAGUCACGAUGCCGACGCCUGCGACCACUCCGUCACCUCCUCCCUCCGCCGCCUCGCCUCAGACGUCUCCGCGGCUUCAUUCUCGCUCUUCCUCCCUCUCCACACUGACAACUUCAUCUCGCUGCCAGCCCACCAGAAGCUUUUCGCAGCCGGGCAGAUCGCAGCUCAACGCAGCAGCAUCAACAGGAAGUCUUCUUAAUGGGUCAUCGGCUGCUGCGGUGCCUCCAUCGCCUGUCUCACCUGAACCAGAUGAGUCAGAGGAGGAUGUCCGUUUUGAGGAUUUGGAGGAGAGAGCAAAGUCAGGUGAUGCUAAAGCACAAACAAAGAUGGGCCGUUACUUUCUGGCCUUGGCAGAAGAAAGCGAUGAAGAGCUGAAUAACUGCACAGCGGUCACAUGGCUGAUCCAAGCUGCUAAACAGGGCCGCAGAGAUGCUGUCAAACUGCUGCAGCAGUGCUUAAAAUCCAGGAAAGGAAUCACUUUGGAGAACUUUGAGGAGGUUAAGAAGUUAUGCACCGAGUCACGUUUUGAGAGAGGAGUCAGGAAAGCAGCUCUGCUCAUGUACUUUAAGCUGAACCCAGAGAAGAAGAAGUCUGUGGCGGUUUCUGAGCUGCUGGAGAACGUGGAGCAUGUUCACACAGAACCAGGCAAACCCAUCUGCUCAGGCCCACUCAACAGCUCUGCUAAGAAACAAAGGCGAGUCCUGGAGACGAUGGUCUCCAGAGAAGCCAGUUCUCACGUGGGUCUGGAUGACUUUGUUGAGAUGACAAAGAAAUAUGCUCAGGGUAUUGCACCGUCACCCAUCAUGGCCUCUGCAGCAGAUGAUGAUGAUGACGAUGAUGAUGUGGUAGUGAAAAAUCCAGAUGAACUGCCGCUUCAUCAGAAGCUGCUGAAGUUCCCUCUGUACGCGCUGCUGGAGAUAAAAGAGCAUCUCAUCGACUGGGCGUCGCGGGCCGGCAUGCAGUGGCUCAGCGCCCUCAUCCCCACUCACCACGUUAAUGCACUCAUCUUUUUCUUCAUCAUCUCCAACCUCACGAUUGAGUUCUUCAUCUUCCUCAUCCCGCUGCUGAUUUUCUACCUCUCCUUCUUCUCCAUGAUCAUCUGCACACUGCGGGUAUUUCAGAAUUCAAAGGCAUGGGAAAAUUUCCGAGCUCUCACAGACUUGCUCGCUCAUUUUGAGCCUGGUCUGGAUCUGGAGCAGGCCGAGACCAACUUUGGAUGGACACACUUGGAACCUUACUUGUACUUCCUGCUCUCAGUGGUCUUCGUUGUGUUCUCCUUCCCUGUUGCCGAUAAAUCCUGGGUCCCCUGUUCAGAGCUAGCUGCCAUCGCUCUUUUCUUCACCAUCACGGCCUUCCUCAGCCUCCACGCCUCUGCUCAGCUCUUCGCUCGUAAAGCUCUUCUCACUGAGGUCCUUUCGGGAGCAUGCUCCCUCACUCAGCUGCUGCCCGACUCCUUCUGGCUCUUCCGGAUCUUUGGGAAGACGUUCGUCACAGUGCCUCUCGGAGAUGCCGUGGUGUUAAAUCUUGGCAUUCCGUGGCUUUUGUACGGACACCUCUUCUAUCUCCUCUUCCGCAUGGCCCAGCUGAAAGGCUUCAAGGGAAUCUACCUGUGCCUGGUGCCCUACUUGGUUUGCUUCACCUGGUGUGAGCUUUGCUUGGCAUUCCUCAAUAACGCCUCAGCCAUAGGAUUGAUCCGGACUUGUAUAGGCUACUUCCUGUUCCUGUUUGCCCUGCCUGUUCUCACACUGGGUUUGGCUGCCAUGAUUAUGAUCCAGUUAGUGCAGUGGUUUCUGACCCUGGAGGUAACAAAGAUGGUGGUGACACUGAUUGUCUGCUUUGUGCCCGUGGUGUUGAGGCUCUGGACUCGCUUCAGCCUCAACCCCAUCGUGGUUUUGAGGUCUUUGUCACGGAGCAGCAUCGUCAAGCUCAUCCUGGUGUGGCUGAGUGCGGUGGUGCUUUUCUGCUGGAUGUAUGUCUACAGGUCUGAAGGAAUGAAGGUGUACAACUCUACCCUGACAUGGCCUGAAUACAGCAACCUCUGCGGGCCAUUGGCCUGGAAGGAGUCCAACAUGGCCCAAACUCAGAUUCUCUGCUCCCACCUGGAAGGACACAGAGUCACCUGGACGGGACGCUUUAAAUAUGUCCGUGUGACGGAAAUCGAGAAUGGGCCGCAGUCGACUAUCAACCUGUUUCCUGUGUUUCUAGGAAACUGGAUGCGGUGUCUGUAUGGAGAACCUUAUCCGGUGUGUGAUGAGGGGAAACAAAACACAGCUGCUGAGCCCCAACCGCUGCCGGCUCCAGCUCCUCCUCAAGAAGAUCCACUUUGCAAACUGAAAACCCUGGCCAAGCACGAGUGCCACGUCAAACGCUUUGACCGGUACAAGUUUGAGGUCACCCUGGGAAUGCCGCUUGAGAGGAAGACUAAGAACGGGACAAUCAUAGAGGACGAAGAUGCAACCAAGGACAUAGUCUUGCGGGCGAGUAAUGAGUUCAAGUCUGUGCUUUUACACCUGAACGCCGGCAGUCUGGUGGAGUUCAGCACCAUCCUUGAGGGCCGUUUGGGCUCCAAGUGGCCCGUGUUUGAGAUGAAGGCCAUCCACUGCGUGUCCUGCGGGGAUGCCCGCGUUCCCAAACGCAAACAGUUCAAGAUUGAGCACGACUGGAGGCGCACAGCUCAAAACGCCCUCCAGUUUGGGUUCGACUUCUUCUUCAACCCCUUCCUGACCGCUCGGCUAGAGGAGCAGUCGGACACUGAAACAGAGAUGGUGGUGCAGGAAGACGCAUAGAGGGAAGACGACUCUUAAGCAGAAGAGGCCUCGUAAUAAUAAAGCUAUCGAAGAACACUAAUGAUUGUACGACACCAACCUAUCUGCAAUAUUGGUUAUUUACUACAAGGAACAAACAGAUCCUCAGGCAUUUACUGUCUUCUAAAAGCCCUCACACUUCCUGAACAUCGUCACAUUGGUUACAUUACAACCUCAACCGUACCUCACUGGGGAUCAACAGCUGAAGAUCUGUCUGAUUUUUGUGUUGGCUUAUUUUUGGUUAACACAAAAUAAGCUCUGAUCUAAGGCAUGCAAUGCUAGGUCUUGCUAUACGUUUGUGGUCAUUGAAAGAUGAACGUCUCGCACAUCCUCAAGUCUUUCAAAGAUCAAAAGAUUUGAAUUUCUCUCUAUUUAGCUCAAUUCAUCCUCCUACUGACUACUGACCCUACUGCCUCCAUGUUUAACCAUAAGGAGCAGUGAUAGCAUUUUAUCACACAUUUUUGCAUGGAGAUCAUAAAGUUCAGUUUUGGUCUCAUAUGACUGGAGCACCUUUUUCCACAUGAUUUCUGUAUCCUAUACAUUUUUGCAAAACCUUAAACACAGUUUUUAGGGUUUACUUUCACCCUCAAAUAGUUAAGUUUUCCACCUGAGCUGUGAAUCAUUGCUGCUCCUCCAGAGUCACUUUUUCUCUAGGCCUGUCAUGAUGACAUUUUGCUGGAUAAUAAAAAAGAAACUGCUAUAAAUGAUAGUGUUGUUUUGAGACCAUUUUCAAGUAAUAUAUUGAUAAUGGCAUAAUAAUGAUGCAAGUUCUCUUUCAAAGACUAAUAAACUUUGCUUUUGUACAGGAAACACUGAAACCAAAAUAAAACACAGCCAAAAACAAUAAAUAAAGCAGAAAUAAAAACCUUGCAUAACCCAAACCAUGAAUAAAAUGGAUUAUUAAGCUCAUUUUAAUUUAAUAUGGGAUUAAGUGCUUAUUGGGACAGUUUUAUUGCUCUCCCUAUCCAGCCUGUCAUCUUAGAUGGACGGCCAUGUCUUGUGCCAUGAUCUUUUGAUAUUGGGUUUAUAACAGUAAACUGCCCCACAAUAUAAUCUUUAACCUGUCUGCUCCACUUCUUGGUCUUCAUGAUGGAUUGAGAUUUCAACAUUUCAGAAAGAAUUUGGUUACUCUGUAUCGGAGUAAAGGAGGAUGAAUGCAUACAACGCAAGAUAAUCAAGAACAAUGCUGCAUUUCUUUCACUUCCUAAUUAUGCCCUGUUUUUGUUGGUCUGUCACAUAAAAUUAAAACAUAAAAAUAGAUUGACGCUGGUGCUUGUAAUGUGACAUAUUGUGAAAAGUUCAUUAGGGUGUGAAUACUUUUACAAGGCUCAAUAAAUCUGCCAAUAUGAGUUUGAGUUCUUACAGCUUUUGAGCCAAAACUUAAACAUGACAGAAGGCAGAGUGGAAAUACAAAGCGAUCAUGAUUUACUGCCUAUUGCUACAAGUUUGCUGUGAGUUAUUUAGAAACAUUUCAUCCAGUUGAAGUUUCUUGUGUGCUGACAUUAGAGUUAAUCAAGUGAUUUUUUAUUUUUGUUGCUAUUCAGACAUGUUUGCCGUUAAAUCUCAUAUUUGGUGGCCAAAAUCUUCAGUAUUAAGAUUUUCUGGGUUCCACUGUGGACUGCUCCAUCUGUUCUUGAUAAUCCUAGAAUUAUUGAAGGACACACUGUUUGAAGGGUAUAGUCUUUGUUUUUUAUCAACACUAAAUUAUUUAGCAGUGCUCAGUACAUGGUGAUUUUUUUUUUCUUUUUGUGGUUAGAUUUCAGAUUCUUCACCUCAAAUACAGUUAGGGGUGGGGGGAAAGUCUUUUUCCCCUUACAGAUUUUGUUCUGUUUUUGCU